AUGGAGAACUACAAUCCGUCCGAGGACCCAGGGCCAACCUUCUGCGUUGGACACCAUGAACAUAACCGAAUGAUUACGGUCACCCCGAGGGUGAUUCAAAAUGUGCACGAAAGCAAUUAUGACAUGAUGACCGUCCCAAUCACAACGUCGCAUUUCCAUUCACGUGUCCUGGGUCUAUUGUCUUCUUACUUGACUAACCUGCAGCCUCCAGCUUAUGAUAAUGUUGGAACCAGAGCCACUACUGCGAACACUCGCCCGCUGGUCGUUCCAUCGCUCUCCAAGGCAGACUCAUACCUUACCCCAAAUGAUGCAACCAGUCAAUUGGUUGGAGUUACCAGCAGCUGGAUUGAUCUAUGCUCACCGGACCCGUUGAUUGCGGACUUGUCCCGCCAAGUGCUGAUGUUGGAGGUCGCAUACGCCGCCUUCUGCGGAAUUGGGUAUCUUCUCAUCCCCGGACCAAAGCUGCACCAUGGUGCCUUGCAUUCUGAGGGUGUCAUUUACUAUGCACGUGCAAUCCAAGAUGCAUUGAACCUUGGCCCAUACAUCCAAUUCCACAUUUGGUUGCAGAUGGUGGACAACCCCGAGACUGAGGUUGAUACCAUGGGAGACCUGGCGCCCCUUGCCCGUGCGGACUUCCUGGAGCCAAGUGAUGGGAUUCCCCUCAAGGUGGAUCCGUUCGGAACCUGGGAUGCUUGGGAUGCCAUUAGAAAGACCUCUAAAUAUCACACGCGAUUGUUCGUUGCACUCUCUAUGCCUAAGCAGCUGCCUUCGCUGUUUGUGCAAUCGCGAUGGCACUCCGAGCCUGUGCAUUUGCUCACAAUCGACGGAUCUGCCUUCCUUAAGAACCAAAAGGGAUACCCUGUCUUGUCCAAGUCACACCAAGCUCUCAUCGCGAAGAUGAUGCGCCUCCGCACAGCGCCUUGGAUUCUUCUUUGCGGUGUUGGCCCCAUCCCCGGGCUCGAAAACUCUGAGGACCCGGACAGUAACCAGGCCAGUGACUACCCAAGUCUGUCACAAGCUAGCAAAAAGCACCACGAUCCAACCCCCCAUCUCUCAUACAUCCGCAACCUUCAACAGCGUCAACCACAGCGUACUGCAAUCGAGAGAUUUGGCACGGGAUACCAGGAUUAUCUGCAAGCUCCUCUGCAACCAUUGACUGUCAACCUGGAGAGCAUUACCUAUGAAGUCUUUGAGAAGGAUCCCAUCAAAUACGAGUGGUAUGAGAAAGCUAUUUACAAGGCACUGAAGGACUGGGCCGAUCAGAAGAAGCCUACGUCCCACCCGGACGGGAAAGUAGUCCUUGCGGUUGUGGGUGCAGGCCGCGGCCCACUUGUCACCCGUGCACUCAAGGCUAGUGCUGAAGCUGGAGUUGAAAUAGAUAUGUGGGCGGUGGAAAAGAACCAGAAUGCAUUCGUGCUGCUGCAGCGACACAACGAAACCAUCUGGGGCGGCAAGGUUACCCUCGUCCAGUCGGACAUGCGUGCUUGGAAGGGCCCUCGUGUGCCAAAGCAAGCCACCUCAGAGGCGAAGGAGGCUGUGGGUGAAUCUCUCGGUAUUGGAGAGUCAUUGCUCCACAAAAAAGGAGACGCUGAACAGGGCAAUGCUUCUACAUUUGCGCAAAGCAGCGAUGCCGACUUGUGCUACACUCAUGCCGAUAUCAUUGUGUCGGAGCUAUUGGGCUCUUUCGCAGACAAUGAACUGUCUCCGGAAUGCCUGGAUGGUGUGAACGAUCUGAUUAACCCUGUGCAUGGAAUCUCUAUUCCCGCAUCAUACUCCGCUCAUUUCACACCAGUCUCUGCCCCCAAGUUGCACUCUGACGUCGUUCACCAGACGGUGUCUAACCCGGCGGCCCCAGAGACCCCGUAUGUCGUGAUGUUGCACGCCAUUGAUUUCCUUUCCACAACCGAUACCCCAACAACAAACGAGACCUCCAACGCCAGUGAUGGAACUCGAUCAUCCACCCCAUCAGGAUCUUUCACUGCUACUGAAUUCCCAACUCCCUUCGUUCAAACUGCUUGGUCCUUCUCUCACCCCAAGCGCCACAUCCCUGCGCAGUCUCCUAUGCAGUCCACCAUCUCGAACGCCCACAAUGUGCGCCAGACCCGCCUGACAUUCCCCGCCCAAAACCGUGGUGCCUGCCACGGCCUUGCAGGCUACUUUGAGACCGUGCUCUACGGAGAUGUGGAGCUGUCUACUAACCCUGUGACUAUGGAAGACAAGAGUGCCAGUAUGAUCAGCUGGUUCCCCAUCUACUUCCCCUUGAAAACCCCGCUCAAUGUCCCUGAAAACGGCGAGAUUGUGGCCACGAUGUACCGUCAAACUGAUGACCGCAAGGUCUGGUACGAAUGGAUGGUCGAGGUCUAUGCGCUUGAGCGCAUCAACUCGUCCAAGCCUAUCCCCACCGCGCACUCGCAGACUGCGUCUUCCAGUGUGGAUAACCUGAAGACCAAGGAGAACGCCGCCAAGGGAUCUCGUGCUGGCUACCGCCGUGUGCGGGUGGGAAUCAGCGACUUGCACUCUAGCAUCAAGGAUGGAUGUUUAAUGUGA